AUGACGGCGGAAACUGUGGCACGUGCGCUGUGCGAAAUGUGGAUUUGUCGGUUUGGAGUUCCGGAAACCAUCGCUACGGACCAAGGCAGGCAGUUUGAGUCAGAACUCUUUCGGGAGCUCUCCAGGAUCAUCGGUUGCAAGCACAUCAGGACGACAGCUUACCACCCACAGUCGAACGGCAUCAUCGAGCGCUUCCACCGGCAUCUGAAAUCGUCCAUAAUGGCGGUGGACUCCAAGCACUGGUGCGACAAGCUCCCGUUGAUCAUGCUUGGUUUGCGGGCCGCGCUCCGAGAGGACUUUGGAUGCUCUGCGGCGGAGUUGGUUUACGGACAAACUCUACGAUUGCCUGGCGAGUUUCUUGAGCAGCAAACCAACAACGAAGACCGGACGGAGUUCGCUAAGCAGCUCCGGAAUGCGAUGGGUAAGCUGAAACCGGUUGAUCCAGAUCACCACGCCAAGCCAGCUGUUUUCGUCAACCGCCGGCUCGAGAAGUGCUCUCACGUCUUCGUGAGAAUUGAUGCAGUGAAGAGACCGUUGGUGCAGCCUUACGAGGGACCGUUCAAGGUGGUUGCUCGUGACAAGAAGCACAUGGACGUCGAAAUUAACGGGAAAACACAACGAAUUUCCAUCGAUCGCGUCAAACCGGCCUACACCUGCGACCCAGCCAUUGACGAACAUCCCAGAAGCGACGGAAAAACUGUAGUUACACCAUCUGGGCAUAGAGUUGAGACAGAGAGCGGGUUGGCCCAAAACUCAGCCAACCGGACAGGGCCGUGGCUCGGCGGCUGA